AUGCUUAUAGACAGCCCAAAUGCGCGCUCCAAGAGCGUGACUGUGGCUGAUGGGCCGGAGACCUAUGGUGUUCUCAAUCGCCACCCCGCUGUCAAGGGCAGCACCCCCACGUCCACCGAAGAACAAGUCGCUGUCAAGCUACCCACGUUCCGCGUCGGUGUGAGCGAGGACCGCAACAAGCGAUGCCGCCGCACUAUGGAAGACGCCCACAGCUUUGUCUAUGACUACGCUGGUAUCAGGGGACAGGGCUACUUUGCCGUGUUUGACGGUCAUGCAGGCAAGCACGCUGCGGAGUGGUGCGGCCAGAACUUUCACGAGUAUCUGCUAGACGCCCUCCUGACAUAUCCCGACGAGCCCAUUCCCGAGCUGCUCAACAAGACGUUCCUUGUCGUCGACAGCCGCCUCUCUCACCUCGCGUACCGCAGCAGGACCCACUCGGGCUGUACUGCCGUCGUGGCCUUCCUCCGCAUGGAGCAUCAGACACCGCAGGGACGCAAGGGGUUUCUCAACCAAUCCCUUUCGGCUCGUGGGUUGAUGCAAGGCCGUGGCGAGGACGAGUUGGAAGCAGAGACGAGUGGUGACGUGCCAUCGCGCCGUGGGUCCAUGGGCGCAGGGUCGUCGGGUGGUAUUGGCGGUGCCGCAUCGCCAUCCCACGAGCAGAGCUUGCGCAGGAAAAUGUCUGGGCGUCGCAUCCGCGACUUUGUGCGCGGCCUCACUGGGAGCAAUAAGGCGGAUGACUCGGCCGUUGAUGACGAUGAUGGCUCCGACUCGGGCCGUGGUGUGGAGACGAUGGACCCGAAGAGCGAGACGGGCGUGCGUCGCGUGCUUUAUCUCGCAAACGUCGGAGAUGCCCGCGCAGUCAUCUCCCGCGGAGGCCAGGCCGUCCGAUUGACGUACGACCACAAGGGCAGCGACAGCCAAGAAGCCAAGCGCAUUACGGACGCUGGUGGCUUUGUCAUGAACAACCGCGUCAACGGUGUUUUGGCCGUGACGCGCUCCCUCGGCGACGCGUCGAUGAAGGAGUUUGUCGUCGGCUCUCCAUACACGACGGAGACUGUACUCGACGACGAGGACGAGUUCCUGAUCGUUGCCUGUGACGGGCUCUGGGAUGUGUGUGAGGACCAGGACGCAGUCGACCUCGUGCGCGGCGUCGAGGACCCACAAGAGGCGUCCAAGAAACUGCUUGAACACGCGCUGGGCAACUACUCGACGGACAACUUGAGUGUCAUGGUGAUCCGGUUCAGCCGCAAGUAG